GCUCGUCUCGGUGUAAUUGAAGUGAAUUUGUACUGCUGUUUGUGAUAACGUUGCUCUUGUAGUUUAAAUAGUGUAUUUAAUUCGUGCCUAGCUCAUCAUGUCUGAGGAGCCUGAUACGCCGCCCUUCAGCACCGUCGAUAUUAACAACGAGAGCCGUGAUGACGAGGAUCUUUUUGCAUCAGCGGUCCAGGAAGUCAGCCUGGAUCCAGAGGUGAACGGGACCCGAGAGACUUUGGACCAGAUCUCCAUUAGCAAUGAUGCUCCCGGUAACACCGGGUCUAUUGGAAGCCCUAUCAUGGAGGAGAUCGCUACAGAAAGGGCGAACAACAUAAUAAUAACAGUCACAGAGCCACAAAAAAUCGGAGAAGGCAUGAGCUCUUACGUAGCAUAUAGAGUGCUAACAAAAACCAAUAUGCCUAUAUUUAGUAAGCACGAUUUCUCUGUGUUGAGGCGCUUCAGUGAUUUCCUUGGGCUUUAUGAGAAGUUAAUGGAGAAAUAUUUACGCUCGGGGAGAAUCAUACCACCGGCGCCUGAAAAGAGUAUUGUGGGAACAACAAAACUAAAAAUGACCUCAACCCCGUCAACCGAGAGCGCCAACGGGGGCUCGGCCUCCGCCAACGUCCAAUCGCAGUUCGUCGAGCGGCGGCGAGCGUCUCUAGAGCGGUUCCUGAAUCGCGUGGCGCAGCACCCGGUGCUCUGUAUCGACCCGGACUUCAGACAGUUCCUCGAGUCUGACACGGAGCUGCCCAAAGCGACAAGCACGUCUGCGCUGAGCGGCGCGGGUAUGGUGCGGUUCUUCAACAAAGUGGGCGAGACCGUCAACAAGAUCACCUACAGGAUGGACGAGUCCGAUGCUUGGUUCGAAGAGCGUGCCGGCCGCAUAGAAGCCCUGGAAGCGUGUCUCCGACGCCUAUGCGGCGCUUGCGAGUCCUUAGCGUCCGAGAGGCGCGAGCUCGGCGCACGAUCGCACGAUACAGCGCGCGCCGCCGCCGCACUGUCUGGUGCAGACCCGCAUGCACCACUGUCAAGAGCGCUGAGCCACCUGGCUGACUUACACGAAAAGAUAGAGCAGUUAAGAAUUGAGCAGUCGAACACGGACUUCUACGUGCUCACGGAGCACAUCAAGGACUACCUCGGGCUCAUUCAAGCCAUCAAGGACGUGUUCCACGAACGAGUCAAGGUGUUCCAGAACUGGCAGCACGCACAGAUGCAGCUGACGAAGCGGAGAGAAAACAAAGCAAAGGCUGAGCUCGCCAAUCGCCCCGAGAAGAUCGAGCAGGCUUCGCAGGAGAUCAUAGAGUGGGAAUCAAAAGUGGAACGCGGCCAACAGGAGUUUGAUCAGAUCUCGCGAGUGAUCAAGAAGGAGCUCGAACGUUGGGACGAAGUGAGAGUAGUAGAGAUGAGGGCCACGAUACUGCGGUAUCUUGAAGAGCAUAUGAAGCACCAGGCACAGGCCAUCCGCUACUGGGACGCCUUCCUGCCCGAGGCCCGCGCCAUCAAAUGAGGCCCCGCGCCCCGGCCCGCGCGCCCCGCGCACUAGCGCGCGCGUGUGGCCGGCACGACGCGCCGGGGCGUAUCACGCGUGCCGAUACCGCUGCGUUAACGUUCGGAUGACAAGACUGGGACCGUCGAGUGGAACGGAGAUCGGUAGAUGUUGCUAACUGUAAGUAAGAAAUGUAGUGAGGUCAUUUUGCGGAAAAAGUGACACGAAUCAUCUUAUUAGAGUUAGUCUACGUUAGCUAUGCAUAAACUAAAUGCCUUAUUUACACGGCACGCGAAAUCGCAUGCCAUUUUAGUUACAUUGCGGACUGUUGAAGUUAUAUCUUAUUCUGCCGACUUUCAGAACUGUUAGACGGUGUGGUACGAAUUUGCUGAAAUGAUAUCUUCGCGUUCGGUUCUAACUUGCUAAGCGAAGGACGAGAUCUCGUAUGAGCGUUUCAUUAUAAUGCGGUAUUUCAUCGGUCGCCUGAGUUGGUGUAACAUCAAUAGUUUUUUACGUAUCUAAGUUCGUAUGCGAAUUCGCACGCCGUCUAAAUUACCCGAGUCAUGGUUUCGUAGAAAUUUUACAUGAAUUCUAACAUUUCCAGUCUCUGUCCUAUAAUAACGCAAUUUUAAAUGUUUUUUUUUAUCUAUCAUUAGUGACUUUUGCCACUAUAUUACUAUAUGACCCUAAACACUAUAAAUAAACUAAAUUAAGAAAAUACUUUGGCUGUCUGUUCAAUUUAAAUAGGUUUAGUGGCAGCCACAAUGUUUAUGAACAAUAUUAAAAUGUAUUUUAUUUUAAAACUUAUAAAUAAUUAAGAAUAAUAUAGCUUAAGUUAGGCUUAAUCGCAAAUUCCCUUGCAAAGAAGUAUAGUUUUUCAAUUUGAUUGAAUAUUAUUUAGAUUCUCUGAUAGUUGCCAAAUUAUUGUCAUAAAUGUUAGCUACAUCUACUGGUCUACGUUCAGAUUACAUUUUAUUUUUUAGAUAAAUUAAAUAAUUAAUUGUUUUAUGAUAUAUGUAAAAUAUAAAAUAUUCAUUCCUAAUGUAUAUUUGACAUAUUUCGUGGCAGUAGGAAGUUAGAGCGCUAAAAAUAAUGUUUGUUAACUUUUCUGUACAUGAUUAUUAUUGCGAAAUAUUAGUUAUUAUAUUGUAACAGUCAACCAAUUUAAAUCAUAGACCACUUGAGAACCUUUGCACAGUAAACGUCAAUGUGACUUCUUAUGGCAAAUAGAACACGGUUUAAAUGAGACAUGGUUCUAGAGUGACGUAGGAUUCAAGUUGGUUGACAGUACAGGUUGAUAUACAAAAGCUGGUACUAAUGGAAUGAACCAAACUUUCAUUGUAUGGGUAACACUGGUGUCAAUACAAUCAGAACAACCUUUUUUAUUAUUUUCAUUUAAUUUAUGCCAGCUCUUGUAACUUGACACAUCUGUUUUUUUCUUUAAUAUGUCGUUACAUAAUCAAAUUUAAUUAUAUUUUCGAUUUUACCAACCAAUGCGUUGCUUUAACCAUUGGCUUCUCACUGACAAGAUAUUUAGUUGGCAGAUUUAGAAGGUCCGAUUUUAGUCUGUAAACAUUCUGAAUAUCCCAAUUUCAGGAGUAUUAAAAUAAAAAGAAGAGAUUCAAAGAAUUGAAAAGUAUUUAAAAGAGCUAAGAACGAUGUAAAUUUAUUUUUAUGCUUUUUGAGAUUUAAUUUACUGAAGUACACUUCCAAAAUCGUUCAGUAAUAAAAUAAUGUUUAAUAUCUAAGAUGUAGUUAGAAAAAAUAAGUUUUAUUUUUAGUACAGGCGAGAUAAUGUUACUUAUAUAAAUUACCUCGAAUCGUUAUAUUUCCAUACUGCAUAAUUAAUAUACCCGGUCCACACAGAGCGAGCAGCGUCUCGGGACGAUCCAACUUAACAGCCCGCCUCGACCGAGGCACCUCUACAUUGUCAGUUUGCCGCGCGUGGAAACUGCCUUGCCACGCGGCUCACUCUUUGUGAACCCGCCUAAUCAUAUAAAUGAUAUUCGGCUUUAGCCACACGUGUCUGAUGUUUUUGGCAGUCAAAUAGUUAAAAACUACCUGUAAUGUAAAUACAUAAAUGGCUUAAGAUACCAAACUGUUUCAUGGGAGUAAUAAACCAUUUAUUCAAAUUUAGAUUUCUCUUGAAUUUACUUGUAACCAAUGGCAAAGAAUGAUGAAAUUUAUUAUAUUCUAAUAGCACGAUAUCACCGUCUCCAAUUGAUAUUAUCUGAAUUUAAACCAAUCACUUUUAUGUACAAAAGAUUUUUCAUAUCAUCAUAUCGCCAUGGCACAACAUCAAUAUUUUUCACGACUUGUCCUGCUUGCAUAAUGAUGUAGGUAAGUACAUACUUUUUCGCAUUUAUUCUUACCAAGCCGGAUCCAGCUUCGUGCCCAGGGGGGGGGGGUCACGUGGUAAAGGCCCGGAGCCCCAGGGGGGGGGGGGUCACGUGGUCUAUUUGUAUGGCCAACUUAGGGGGGGGGGGGGUCAUGACCCUCCAUGGUUCUUACGGUUCCGAACCUUAAGGUUCCGAAUUAAUUUCACUGAAAAGCUUCCAAAAAUAGUUAUUAUAUACUGAUUUAUUUUUACUUAUUCACUUAAAGAGUAAAGACAAGGUGGUACGCAAGUCACGUGACUUCCUGAAUCUAAACUUAAUAAAAAGAAACAGCGUUUUGUACCGAUGAUUGUUGUCUUUGGUCCCCACCUGUUAUUAAUUACAAUUUUAAAGGCUAAGCCAAAGGCAUUACGACAUUCUCCAUUAGAUUAUUUCAGUUAAUAUCUAUGUUCUAUGUUUUUUGUAUUUUCAUGCUAUCUCUUCAUUCUUGUGCACUGGGGUCAGUACUAUUAAACAAUGUCUAAUUAAGGACAAAACUUUUCAUUUUUAUUUUUGUGUCAUCAUUCCACGAGUCCACGGCCUUCGAGAAUGUAGAGCAUAGUGACAUUUCUAAAUUGUAUUGAAUAUUUAAAGUUUUGUUUUAGAGAAACAAAUCAGAAAUGACGUCACUAUGAGCAUGCUUUAGAUUAAGACUAUUCAGGUUUUGUUAUAUCCCUGUAUAUUUUUAUAGUCAUUCGUUUUUAUUACUUAUAAUUAAAUGGAAUAUUAGGUAUCGCGUAUUAGAAAUUGUAUAAAAAUAAAAAUGAAUGUAUAUAAUAGGUACCCUAGAUCUAUAUUAGUUAGCAUGAUUGUAAAUCUCGAGUCUAACGUAUUCCUUAUUUUUUAUAUUGCCAAAUAUAUUUAGCGGUAAUCGAUGUAUUGGAAGAGACGGAUACCUAAAUAUGUAUAUCAAUAAAGUAUAUAAUGUUGAUUUCAAAUACA